AUGAACCGAAGAAUCCCGCGCACCCGGACUGGUUGCCUCUCCUGCCGUCAGCGGAAAAAGAAAUGCGAUGAGACGAAACCACAAUGUCAGGCAUGCACACGCAACAAGUUAAAAUGCACGUGGCCUCCCCAUAUAGUCCGCAUCUUUGGUCUCAAUUCUGGGCCACAGGCUCCGGAUGAUGCUCUUCCUCGUGAACGCGGUCCAACCAGGGGUGGCUGUCCCCCAGAGACCAGAAAUGCACCCUCCUCCACGUCUUCUGCUGCUCGGGCCGCCAGCAUGGAUUCCAAUUUGUCCUCGGACAUUGCCGAUCGCGAUAUAGAUGAUAGGCAAAAUCACAUUGCAUCAUGGUGUCCGGAGCUGAAGGCGUUUUUGAGUCCUCGACGAGCGAUGUUACUGCCGGAAUCCCAAAUCUUACUGUCACACUAUCUGGACGUUACUGGUCCCAAACUGGCCCCAGCAGCCGAUACGCCUUUCGUGUCUUGGCUGUUGCCGGUCGCCUACGGUGAUGAUCUGCUAAUGAACAGCAUUCUCGCCUUAAGUGGGGGCCAUCUCCUGUAUACACUGCCAGACAACCAUGCAAUCCAACAGGCAACCUCCCGGCAUUACUCCUUAGCGGUGCAGAGUCUUUCUCAUGUGUUGAAUGAUGGCUCGACGCUGCUCGAACCUCUUGUACUGGUUCGUGUAGCUUUGGCGAUUUUAAUUCUCUUUCAUUAUGAGGUGGUCUCUGGACACCUGGACGGAUCCCCUUUUACCCACCUGCGCGCCGGUCGUCAUUUGAUCCUACGCCUGCGAAACAAUAGCCACCAGCUCAUGUCCAGUGCCGAGAGAAAGCUGCUAGGAUUUGCCACUGAAGUGUAUUCCUACAUUGUCCUAUCCAAUAGCAUCACGCCAUUCAACAUGAAUGGCAAUAGGACUCUGAUUUAUGACUCGUUUCUGCAGUCACUGGAUGACUUGCGUGGUUUGGGUGCCUUUGGUGUUAUGUUCAGUGGGUUCCACAGUCUGUUCGAACUCAUAUCCUGCGUCUCCCUCUUUGCAGGAGAACAAGAUGCACUGCCAUCGACAGGUACCAGUAUACCACCUGGCCGCUAUGAGACAUAUAACCAACUGAAGAUGCGUAUCGGCCAUCCGGAUCUUUCCGCGCUAGAACACCCCGACACUGAGGUGCUUCCCGGGCACAGCACAGCCUUGCGCAUGUUCCGAAUAGCUUUAUUGGUCUUUUUGGAAACCGCCGUCGUACCAUUCUCCAAACAUGACUCAGUGCGAGUUCAUCACGUUCAAUCCUUGCUGGAUGGAGCCGUCCACGAUCUUCCCGGGAUGAUCGCAUCAAAUUAUUCCUGCCUCCUGAUGUGGCCGAUGAUGGUAAUUGGAUCUUGCUUGAUGAAAGAAGAGCAGCGUAAUGUGAUCACACAUCUUUUGAUCCAUAAUCAUUACUUGAUGAAAAACACAGCCCAAGCGAGCGUUCUGCUCCAAUUGCUCUGGGACGACCCGGACGAAUAUGCGUUUGGGCCGUACGGCCUUGGCCUGUUGAUGAGAAGACACGGGCUGGAUUACGGCGUUAUAUAA